AUCUUCAGCUGAUGAAAAGUGAGAAAACAACCAUUGCAAAUUUGCAAUAUUGCAUAGUGCCGUGACUGCCGUCGCCUAGGGCUCUCACUAACACUCCCAAGUCCCAAGUCCCAAUUCCCAAAUCGAAGCUGCUCUCCACCUCUCCGGCAUCCGCCAGUCCGCCGCACUCUACGUCUCCUGUCGGCUGUGUCCUGCCGUGCUGGUUCAUCGCUGCCGAGUGUCGAAGACGAAGCACCAAGAUCUCACUGGUUCAUCGCUGGUUCAUCACUGCUCAUCUCUGGCUCGCUUAGGCAAAAUUACUGCUCCAAUUGCAUUGGAGAGUCAUCGGUGGGUAGUCCUCGCCUUUAUUUGCAGGUUUUCUGGCAGCCUCGACCUGGGGGUUUUUGCGGGAUCGGAGAUUUUAAUUUAGAAUCUUCUUUCAUUCUUUGCUAAGAUGAAGCUCUCUUUCUCCCUCUCCUCAAAGCCCCAAAAUUCAACCCUCAAGAAGCUCUCUGCCGCCGCCACCGACGCCGAAGAGUCAAAAGAAUUCGUUACCGAAUUCGACUCCUCCAAGGCCCCAACCGCCAAAAACCGGGAUAAUCGGGUAAUUCCUCCUAAGCCCAACGAAUGGAGGCCGACUAAGAAGAUGAAGAACCUCGAGCUCCCACUCCAAUCUGAUGCUCAAGAGCAACCGAUGCUCCAAUUUGAAGUUGUUGAAUCUGGCCCGUCUGACCCUACAUCUGAGAGUAUGUCCUAUGGCCUUAAUCUGCGUAAUUCGGGUAAUGGGGCCGGAGCGAACCCACAGGAAUUUCCUGGUUCGGCAUCUAAGGAGGAUCCUGUGUUGCAUAAAUUGAGGGAGGAUUUGAAGAGGUUACCGGAGGAUGCUGGGUUUGAGGAGUUUGAGGAUAUGCCCGUUGAGGGAUUUGGUCGGGCGUUGUUAGGUGGGUAUGGUUGGGUUGAAGGCAAGGGUAUCGGAAAGAAUGCGAAAAAGGAUGUGGAUAUAGUGGUGUUAAAGAAACGAACUGGUAAGGAAGGGUUAGGGUUUACUGGUGGAUUACCGGAAUUACCAGCUGAAGCCAAUCGUGAAAAUGGUGGUGGGACUAAUAAUAGUAUGAGGAAAGGAAGUGACAGAGAUGGUAAGGAGAAGGGAAGGGACAAAAAGGACUUUUAUGUGGGGAAAGAAGUGAGGAUUGUGGGUGGAAGGGAAGUUGGGAUGAAAGGUAGGAUACUUGAGAUGAAACACAGUGGGGAAGUUGCAAUUUUGAGGCUUUUAAAGAGUGAGGAGGAUGUAAGUGUUUAUGUUAGUGAUUUAGCUGAUUUGGGAUCAGUUGAGGAGGAGAGGUGUUUGAGGAAGCUGAAGGAGUUGAGGAUUAGAGAGAAAAGCGAUGUUAGUGAUAAGAAAAUUGGUAAAGGUAGGGAUAAAGAUUUGGUAAGCAGUUGGACGGAUAGUAGAGAUAGAGAAAUGAAAGAUAGGAAGAAGGAUAGUAAAAGGGGAAGGGAGGAGAUUAAGGGUAGCGAUAAGUUAUCCUGGUUGACUAACCAUAUCAGAGUGAGGAUUGUAAGCAAGAAUUUAAAAGGUGGACGAUUGUACCUGAAAAAAGGGGAGGUUGUGGAUGUGGUUGGGCCAACAACUUGUGACAUAUCUAUGGAUGAGAACAGGGAGUUGAUACAAGAGGUGGAUCAGGAGCUACUGGAGACAGCACUUCCAAGGCGUGGAGGACCGGUUUUAGUUUUGUAUGGUAAACAUAAGGGUGUCUAUGGAAGUCUAGUGGAAAGGGAUACAGAGAAGGAAACAGGUGUGGUUAGGGAUGCUGAUUCACAUGAAUUGCAUAAUGUUCGCCUUGAGCAAAUUGCAGAGUAUAUUGGGGAUCCAAGCUACAUAGGUUAUUAGUUGAUUCCUAGUAAUGAGAUGCAGCAUUUCUCGAUUGAUACUGUGUUUCAAAGUUCAAGGCCAGUGGCAGGGGAACAGACUGUUGAGCUUGGGAUUUAACGUGGACAGAAUGGUAGCUCAAGCAUUAUAAAACAAGCAAGCCGGUUUGGAGUUCAAACUCAGCAAGCUGAAAGAGAAUUGCUUCCAGUGAUUCAGGGAUAUUCCCUCACUCUGCCUCCAGUGUACAGCUAGCAAAUCAGUUGAACGUGUGAGUUAGUCCUUUACUGAGGCUUAAUUAGUGACCCAUCUGUUGGUGAAAGGCAUUUGAUAAGAUUCUUGUACUUUAUAACAUUGUCAAAGCUAAAUCAGCCAUUCAAGAAGAAAUGAACAUCCUUGUUAAUAGUUUGGGAAUUAUUCCCUUGUUUUUGGGUGAAUGGACUACAAAGUUUUGGCGGCUCAUAAUGUGCUUGCCUGCUUGGUUGCUGGUGAGUUUGAGGUGCAUUACAUAAUGGGUAUUGGAUUUAUGCCUCGGCGCUAGCUGUGAGGAUAGCCAGACACAUGUUUGGAGUAUUGUUGCGGUUGGGCUGCUAUGAAGGGGUGUUGAAUACAAUAAAAGAUGCUGAGCAAAUUAUGUGAUGAGAAGGAUUAGUAGAUUGAAUGGCAGUUUAAAGCAUGGGGGUAUUUUAUGUAGGAUUAUGUAAACGAACCUAAAUGCAUCUUUGCAUUAAUUAAUCAAGAGGACUAUCAUUCAAAAGUGUAA